AUGACAGGGAAAGACAGUGUGAUAUUACAUGGGAUGUGGGCAAGCCCUUACUCUACGAGGGUGGAACUAGCCCUCAAAGUGAAGGGCAUAUCCUAUGAAUAUGUGGAAGAAGAUUUCAAGAACAAAACCCCAGAGCUGCUCAAGUACAACCCAGUUCACAAGAAGAUCCCUGUUCUUGUUCACAAUGGAAAACCUGUUGCUGAGUCUGUUGUCAUCCUUGAAUAUAUUGAAGAAGUUUGGAAAGAUGGUCCUCAACUUCUCCCACAUGAUCCCCACGAAAAGGCUCAAGUUCGAUUCUGGGUCCAUUUUAUCAACACAAAGUACACUGAAAUCAUGACGACAGUAAUUAUAACUGAGGGAGAAGUACAAGAGAAAGCCCUCAGUCAGGUGUAUGAACUAAUGAAGUUACUUGAUGAAGGAAUCAAGACCUUUUUCCCAGAUGGGAAUCCAACUUUUGAGGCUAGGAAUUUAGGGCUCCUAGACAUUGUAGGAAGUUCAGUGUUUUGUGCAUUUUCAGCUGUAGAAGAAUUGAUUGUUGUAAAGAUCAUAGACCCAGAGAAGACUCCAGUGCUAUUCUCUUGGAUAACAGCUCUGAGAGAGCAACCUAUAGUGAUGGAGACAAUUGCUCCUCCUGAAAAGCUGGUGUCACUUAUUCUUAGGCCUUGGAGACAGGGUUUCAUCAAUCCUCAUCUUUCUCAAUCUUAA